AUGCCGACCAAGUUGAUGAUGGCCUUUGUGGGCAUGGACCUACUCUUUGCCGGAUGCGGAGGACUGUUGCUGGGCUUCUCCCUCAUAUCUGAGCAAUCGAUGCGCGCCACUCCGACCGUGGACAACGUCACACAGAACCUGCUGCUCGGCCAGUGUCCCUUGACAGCUGGCGUAGUCAAUGCAAUCUUCGUCUUUGUCACAUUCUUAUUGUCUCUCCCGGCCCUUUUUCUACCAACGAAUCGAGGUUGGCUCCGUACUCAGGGCUGGUUGGUAGUCAUCUGCGCGACCUUCACACUUGGUCUUGGUAUCGCUAUCUGGGUAGAGACACUACAAACCCGCACGAACCUCAGCGUCCUUUGGGGACGCGAGACGCCGCUUAUUCAAAGUCUUCUGCAACAGAAGUUCGACUGCUGCGGUUACGUCAACUCAACCACCCCUCCGUUCGUGCAGGAUAGCACAUGCCAAAACACCCUAGUCGCCGCUCAGAAGGGCGGAUGCAUUGGUAAAUUCUCCUCUUUCGCCAAUACAUAUCUGGAUCGAGUGUUCACUGCCGCCUUCGGUAUCGUCGGUAUCGAUAUGAUCCUUGUGCUUUGUGUCGCCAUGGUCCUCAAGUAUCGCAUGGAGCAGGAACGCUACAGGCACAUUGACGAGAAGAACGGACUGGGUGGGCUAUAG